AUGCUGGGUCAAGCGACAAAAGUAUCGCAGGCCUCGCAAAGCAGCUCAUCUGUUACAAAUGCAGAGGGCCAUACUUCCGAUAUGAGUAAGCCCAUGCUCAAGCAGCGCAGUCGCACCCUUCACGGAAGUGCACGUACUGAGACAAUGGGUAAAGAGAAUGCGAACAGGCUGGUGCAAAACCUCGUGUUCGAUGUAGUAAAGCCGGACGAGCUUCGCGCAGCGCAAGCGAUAGAAUCCGCAUUCUUUCCGCGCGAGGAAGUGUCAUCCUUGGAACAGCUGAUCCACCGACAGCAAGAGGCGCCGCAGCUAUUUUUUGGUGCUUUUGUCCCACUGACACAGCCCAUAGCGGGGCCCUUGUCCGUGACAUUAGAGGGACGGCGCAAACUGAUUGCGUUUUGCUCGGCAACGAUUGCUCCGGCUGAUGUAGUGCGUGGAAUGUAUGCGACGUCGCAUUCGCACCUCGCACGCGUCGUAUGCAUCCAUGACUUUUGUGUCGAGAGCGGAAACAGGCGGCAAGGGAUCGGGACAAGUUUGAUGAGCAAGUUCUUGGCGAGGUUACGUGCGAUGGUGGAAAAAGACCCCGCGGCGCAUCCGUACGAAGUUGUCUCGGUCGUAUGCCCUUACAGACGGAUCCCAUUCUUCGAACACUGCUACUUUAGGUUCCGCGGCGCGAGCUACUUGCCCAAAGGGAUAGACCCCUGGUUCGAACUGCGCCUGGAGUUGCAAAAUCCAACUCGUCAAGAAGCAGCGUUUGCCGAGGCAGAUAUUGCGGCAUGGAAGGAUGCGCGCGCUUCCUGUGUAAAUACGCGCGACUUUCAUCCGUACAAGAAUGCCCAGCACACGAGCAGCUCUGAUGACAAGGCGGGCUCCCCUCUUUUCCUUCAGGGCACGAAGGGUAACCAUGAUCUGUCUUCAUCGGCCCAGUGGGGUUUGGGAACGUAUUCCGUGUCUCCGACUGAAAAUGAAAAUUCUAUAAAUACUGACCAAGUCCUUUCUGAGCUGCUGGCCAAAGGCAACAUCAGCAACGGCCUUGCCCGGGAUCUCGGCCUUCCGGCUACAAAUGGCCACGAUGCAGCAAGGACGAACCCUGGAAAGCCAUUGUCGGCCAUCUUUGGUGAAGCAGUCGCUGCAAAGACGGCGUCGGAAGACUCUAUUGCCGCUCUUGUCGCUCGCAUUGUGAAGCGUGCCGAUAACCUUAAUAUUGCACGUCUGUACUGCCCAAACGGACAGUGUGAUUGCCAGAUUUUCGCACCCGAGACCGCGGAAUGGGUAGUCAAGGAGCUGGGCCCAUUGUCCGAUGUGGAUGCGGAGCAGAAUUCUGGCGAGACACCCAACUUGGAUACGGAGGAAUUUCAUGAUCGAAAUAGUGCGCCGUUUGUCAAUGCACCGUGGGUUGGGCCAUCGUUCGACAGCAGCCCUGGUCCCUCAAUCGGUCCGGUGCGUGGGUUUUGGUAUGUUUCGAGCCCGAUGAAGCUCUAUAAUGUCUCCUUCUCCAAGAAUGUUCGUUGGAGGGUUCCAGAGCCGACCAUGUCGCGGAGCUCGUCGCGCCGCGAAUCCGGCUCCUCUUCCGACCACAAGCGCGAAAGAUCUUUGCGUGGCAACUUCAGCAACCGCAAAAAUACACUGCAGCCCCUCGAGCCACUAAAGCAGGAGGCAAAUAUGCCCUGGAGCCUUGAGCUGACACCCGGCGAGGAAGUACUUUUGAAGUUUAUCAUGUGCCCGGACUGCUCGUGCGGACCGCUUGGGUUUAUGAUACUGCCCGAGAAAUGCUCUGUGGAAGCGCUAGCGGGCCAGGGGUAUAGCGAGCAGGGAUGCUACGUUGCUGCACAUCGACUAUGUUACGAUCUCUAA